CGCUCUGAUAUAAACAGACGACGCUCCUCGCGUCCCUCUCCCACCACCCGACGUUCCUCAAGCACUGACCCUCUGAUCGCUGCGCACAUUCUCCACCAUGCGCACCCUUGCGCUCUGGCUCCUCCUGACGCCAGCACUGGCCACCUCGUUCUCCCCAAAUGUCCUGCAGCCUUCCUCACUGCUCGCACCGAACCUCUAUCCAGAGGCAGAGACGGUGCCGUUCCGUCCAGCCGCUGAAGAAGCUCAAGGCGCCGUGACGCGCGCAUAUCUCAUCGAACUCGAUGGCGCCGCCAGCAGCUUGGAGCACUGGCGCAACUGGGCACGUCGCUCAGAGAGCACUGCAAGCCAUGCUGAGGCGGCAACGGGCGCUGGCGCCUCGACCUCGACUCCGCGAUCAAUAGCUCGCUCGCUUCUCGGUGCUGUGGACGCCCUCACACAUCGCUACGGACUCCGAAGCAACGGCACGGAUGACUGGCAGAACGGUCAAGCCGAGCAGCCGCAGAGCGACCACACGAACAGCAACUUGACCGAUGGCCGCCAGGCUUCGAGCGCAAUGCUCGGAGACGAUGACGGCGCCCCGCCGGUGUACUUCAAGAUCCGGCACGAGUUCGAUGACCCGACUCUGCUGCUGGGCCUCAGCGUGCGCGUUCUAGGCUAUACGCCGCGCGCCAGCUCCGGCACCACGGCUGAGGGAACAGGCGAUUCGUGGUCCGCCGAUGGUCUCUCGCCCGAGUCGGUGCCGUCACGGCCUACGCCAAUGCCCGACGGGCCCUCCUCAGCGGGUCCGCGAGGCUGGAGCCAGCAGCGCGACAUGCAGCUCCUCAGCACUGCGCGUGGUGUGCUGCGCGUGACGCCCGUCAGGCUCGUGCCGGCACCACGGCCCUGGAACGGACUGGAGCAGGUCGCUUCUGUCAGCACGGGCAGCUCGAGCAGCAGCAUCCGCCGCAGCAACCUGGACAUGAUCGGCGUUACAUCGCUGCAUGAGGAGGGCGUGAAUGGCAAGGGCGUCAAGAUUGCCAUGAUUGACACGGGCGUCGACUGGACACAUCCGUCCCUGGGCGCAGGAUUCGGGCCAGGCAAGCGAAUCUCCUUUGGCGAGGACCUGGUGGGCGACGACUACGAUGGCACGAAUGAUCCUGCGCCCCGGGCGGAUCCGUUCUCUAAGUGCGCUCCUCACGGCACACACAUCGCUGGCAUCAUCGCCGCACGCGCGCCGCCAGACUCCACCUCGCCAUUUGCGAACGUGUCGGGCGUGGCACCGGGCGCCGACCUGGGCGUCUACCGCGUCUUCGGCUGCCGCGGCGGCACGGCGGAUGAUGUGCUGCUUAAGGCGCUGCAGAAGGCGUGUGCCAGUGGCGCAGAUGUGAUCACGAUGUCGAUCGGCUCGCCGGCAGCGUGGUCAGACACGCCCACAGCCCGCAUGGCCACGUCUAUUGCGGCGAAGGGUCGCAUCGUGACGGUGUCGGCCGGCAACGAUGGUGACGUCGGCCUGUACUACCAGAGCUCGCCUUCCGUCGCGCCAGACAUCCUGUCCGUCGCGAGCGUAAACAGCGCGUAUCUGACCGUCUACAAUGCGUCGGUAUCAAGCGGCGACCGCGAUCCGAUUCCGUACUACUCCGCGAACGCCUUUGGGCUCAAGGACGCGCAGAUCUGGCCCUUUGCGCAAGCGUCUGACCUGACUACGCUGCUCGACGGCUGUGGCUCGCUGCCCGACUCGGCGCCGGCCGACCUGAGCACGCUGGUGGUCAUCGUGCGGCGAGGUGGCUGCGCCCUCGACGUCAAGUUCCGCAACCUCGCCCGCAACCGCGUGCGCACAGUGCUCGUGGCCAACACAGGUCUCGCGCCGUUCUAUCCGAUCGGAACGGGCAUCGAUCGCUCGGCCUUGAUUGAGGCUGCUGCAGCCGACUGGCUGGUGGCACGGUACAACAAGGAUCCUACCAUCGCGUUGAGCUUUCCGUCGACGGGCCCGCUGUCGCUGCCGAACAAGCAGUCGGCAGGCGUCAUCUCGCCCUUCUCCUCAUAUGGGCCGACGUUUGACCUGCUUUCCUCGCCGAGUCUUGCAGCGCCGGGCGAUCGCAUCCUCAGCACCUGGCCGGUCAGCUCUGGCUCGUGGGCGAUCCUGAGCGGCACCUCGAUGGCGUGCCCGCACGUGGCCGCAGCCGCUGCGCUGCUGCUGCAGGCUGCAAGAGAGAAGCGCUGGAUUGCCGGCGCGCCGACGCAUGCCAGCCCCAACCUCGACGUUAUGGACGUGCGGCGCGUCAUCGACCGCCUCCGGAGCACCGCUCAGCCAGGCAGCAACUCGACACGCGCGGCCAUGCUAGAGACUGGAGCCAAGCAAGGCUCGGGCCUAUUGCAGGUAGCCGAUGCCGUGCGCUUCAACACAAGCGUGUCGCCGGGCUCGCUCGUGCUUGACCCUGACGCUGCGUUCCCGAUGCGCAGGUCGUUCACCGUCAGCAAUUCCGGCACUCGCGCUCGCACGUUCCAGAUCCUGCACGAGCCGGCGGGGACAGCGUUGACAUACAGCGCAGGCUCCGCGUAUCCGAACGCCGGACCGGCGCCGCUGGCCGAAGGUCACCUCGAGGUCACGCUGACGCCGCGCAUCUUCAAGCUCGAGCCGGGCGCCUCCACCUCAGUCAGCGUAGAGUUCGCACCGCCCGGCAGCGGCGUCGACAAGACAACCUUUCCGGUGCUGUCCGGCUUCCUGCGCAUCAUCUCGUCGCCCGUGGUCCUGCCGGGCGCCGCUCGCAUUGCAAAGGCACAGGAGAGUCUGACUGUCUCAUACUUGGGUAUUGCGACGCCGAUCACCUCGAUGCAGGUCCUAGACCGCGGCUUUGGCCUCACAUCAUCCGGCACGUACUCCAUGCCCGUCGUGCUCAUCGGCGGCGAUCCGAAGAAGCCGCAGACGCUGCCGCGCGCCUACACGUUCCUCGAUGGCGACCUUCCGGUGCUGGUGCUGCGCCUUCUGUCAGGCACGCGCCGUAUCAAGAUCGAUCUCGUCGAGGACCUUGAAGGCUCGAAGUCCAGCUCCGACAGCGCAGAGCAAGCUGGCGACGCGACCUCGGAUGGCACAGCUCUGCCAGUGCCGAGAGAUGUCUCGCACGAAGACGCGAUCUACGCGCAGGAUGGAAGAGCGCUUGGCAUCCCGAGGCUGCUCUUCCAGGCAGCGGCUGCAGAGGAGCUCCACAUCCUGGACAUCCGCGCGCCUCCGACGCACGUGCCCAUCGCGAUCCCCACCCGACCGACGUUCGAAACGCCCGCCGGAGAGAUCCAGCCGGUCGAUUGGACCACUUCGCGCGUCGUUGGCCCCAUCGCUUCGUCCGAGCUGCUGCCUCGCAGUGCAGACUCGGGCUCGUCGAGCUCGUACUCGAUCACGUGGGACGGCAGCAUCGCAGGCACGCCUGUCCCGACCGGCGAGUAUCGCAUCCGGAUCAGCGCGCUCAAGCUUGGCGUCGGCGAGCCCGAUGCCGGACAGGACGUGGCGGAGGGCGGCGUGCGCUACGAUCGCUGGUGGUCGCCGAUCAUCCGCGUGCAGCGUGCGUUCGACGAUCCGGCAAAGCAUGCCGCGGCUUCGAGCCAGCAGGUCGUGUCGCAGGUGCGCGUGUGAGCACGUCGCAUCGAGGCCCACGCGCACCGCUGGCGGGC